AUGGACUCCAGUUCUCUGUGUCUUCCAGAAUCGCAGCUCCGGCUAUCCGGAUCAAAUUUAGAAGCGUUCCUUUACACGGUCUUGUUUCCACCGAUAUGUCUUUUUGGUGUGGUGGGAAAUGCGUUGACGAUAUUGGUGUUGGUGAAUAAUGAUUUUAUGUCAAGAGCCAACAUCUUCCUAACGUGCUUAGCGGUAUGUGAUGUCUCCUUCCUUAUCCUCAUCAUCCCUCACUCCCUGGCAAACUUCGAUCGAUUCGCCUUCAACUACACAUUUCGAUAUUUAUAUCUACCCUCCAAAAUGCAUCUGAUAGCAUUCGCUAAUUGGACGUCUGCAGUGGCAAUUUGGCUCGUCGUGGGUGUCUGUUUCGAGCGUGUCGCUGGAGUCCGGUCGCCUCUCCAUCGGUUGACCACUCCAUCCCGUGGAAAGCUCACAACUGGUCUCCUGACUCUUUUGUCAUGUUGUGCUGCACUGACAUUCUAUAAUCAUGUCAGCCAUCACUGUUUCAUCAAAUCAUUCUGUAAUGCGUCGCAGAUUAUGGCAGUGUGUCUGGAUGUCAAUUUGGAUGUAUGGCCCAACAACCGUACCAACAUCUCGCCACCCGCCCUUCGUACCUACGUAGCGGCCACACGUGCUGCCAACGCGGCACUCGUCGUUUUCCUUCCAAUGAUACUACUAGUCGUUCUCAACAUGAUGCUUCUCUACUAUGUCAAAAAGCGCUCAUUUUUUAUGUACGCUUCAUUGGGACGUGUUUCCGCACGGAUGCGAAAAUCUGGUGACGUGGCGUUGCCAUUUGUGGGCACAUUGUUCAGAAGGCACUCUGAUCAGAUUCUACAGCAAAGAACCGAGCAUCGAGUGGCGGUUACAGUAUGCGCUGUGGUGACGUCAUUCACGAUUACACAGGCUCCCUCGGCAGUGGUAUUAACAGUGAAUUCGUUGCUGAAAGAGCGGUUGGAUGCGCAUUGGUAUCACAUGACAACAAUAACCUCAUUCCUUGUGGUUAUCGGUAAAAGUCUGAAUUUCGUAGUCUUCUGCCUGUCAUCUUCAAGCUUCCGAAGACGACUGGCCAACACGCUCCGAUCGAAAUAUGGGUCUCGAGACGAGAAACGCUCCCACUCGAUCAACACGACGUACACACGAUGUGAUAGCCGGGAUUCGAGAAUAUUAUCGCAGAAAAAAUCGUUCCAAAGUAUCUGA